AGCACUAGGUACUUAACGUGCUAGAUUAAACAUUAAUUCUGUCUCUUAUCUUCACUUGUGUCUAACAUUAUCAUUGAGCUUAAAUUGUGGUCAAGUUAUUUAGAAGACAGGUAUAAAGUCUCGCACUCGACGCUAUCAACACGUGGUAUCAGAGCCUGGUUACCGUAGAACAAGUUUCAACGACCUCCGGUGCUAAUCGAAAUGGCGUCGGGUUCCAAGAAUAAUGCUCCACUCUAUUUGGCUGACGGAUUCUCUCAAAAUCGGCCUCCCAGAUUUGAAGGAGUUAAUUAUGGAUAUUGGAAAAAUCGCAUGGAAUUAUUUGUUGGAUCUACAGAUCCAAAACUCUGGGCUAGAGUUAUCAAGGGUCCGUAUGAGCUCAAGGAGGAUCAAGAAAAAUGGACAGACGAUGACUUUGAGAAAUUUCAGCAAAACUGCAAGGCAACUAAUCUCAUUUAUUGUGCACUCGGUCCAGAAGAAUAUCACAAAGUUGCCGGUUGCAAGACUGCUAAGGAAAUUUGGGAUAAACUUCAGGUUACGUAUGAAGGUACCUCUCAAGUCAAAAAUUCUCGAAUUAAUUCCUUAAAACAGCAAUUCGAGUUGUUCAAAAUGGAAGAAGGAGAAACGAUCCGGCAAAUGUACGAGCGUUUCACAAACAUUGUGAACAGUCUGGAGAAUCUUGGGAAAUCAUAUGAAAGUGGAGAUCUUGUUCGAAAAAUCUUAUGGAGUCUCCCAGAGCAAUGGACUCCAAAGGUAACUGCAAUAGAGGAAGCUAAAGAUCUAGAGAAGUUAGCUAUAGAUGAACUCAUCGGGUCAUUAGCAACUCAUGAAGACAAGCUCAACAAGGGAAAUCAUGAUAAAGGGAAAAAGGGGAUAGCCUUCAAGGCUACCACAUACAAUGAAGACACAGAAGAUCUCGAUGAUGUGGAGGAUCAGGAAUUGGCUCUACUAAGCAAACAAAUUAGUAGACUACUUCGAGUAAGAAGAGAAAAACGAAGAGGAAACUUCGUCAACAAGAAUAGAGAAGUUGAGAAAGAAGGUGGUACAUCAAAAUACCCUCAAUCAAGAACUUUCCACAAAAGCAGGAUUGAACAACUUCAGCCGGUUAAAGUUCAAAACACUACCGGUUGCUUUAGAUGUGGAAAAACUGGGCAUAUCAAGGUUGAAUGUCCCCUAGCAAGAAAAGAACGAGCCAUGGCUGCAACAUGGAGCUGUAGCUGAUAACGAUGUAAUUGCACAUAUUUGCGCCCCUGGUUCUUAUCCGUUUGAGAGGCAUAGUCUUGUAUUUUGGCCUAUUUUACGCCGGGUUGUGCUAUUUUUUCAUAUUUGAGGUCCCAGGCGUCAAAGGAAAGGCUAAGCACGAGUUUCGGGGCAUUCGGAAGUCAUUUCGUCGAGCUGGAGCCAGAACACAGGCACGCCUAAAACAGAACACGGCCGUGUUCUGUGGCCGUGUUUUUACUGCCGAGAUCAAAUUCGAGUUUGGCAAAUAUUGGCUAAAAACACGGGCAAGGCUUAGAGAAAGCACGGCUGUGGCCACCAAAGCACGGCCGUGUCCAUCAUGAAACACGCCCGUGUUUCCCCCAAUGCACUGGCCGUGUAAUUAACCCUAGCCAAAGCACGGGCGGGUUGAGGCAUUACACGGCCGUGCCCUCGACCGUGCUUUGGCCACUGAUGCCCUUUUAAGCAGAUUUUCAGCCAAAGAGAAGGGGAUUCGAGUUUUGAGAGAGAUAGAGCGAUUCCUAGAGAGAGAAAGUGACGAACAAGAGUCUCCAAGUGCCCUAGAUUGAUCUUCAACACCAUUGGAGGCCAGUUUGAGCUUGGAGAAGUGCCGAUCAACAUCCAGGAGCAGGAAUCCAUCCUUCACAGUAUGAAUUCCGCGUCUGAUUCUGCUUUUGCUUCUUUCUCCAUGGAGUAGUUCUCCCAUUCAUCUGGGUAUGGAGAACCCUAGAUUUGUAUGUUAGGCUUUGAUUGUAUGAACCCAAGUACUGAUUCUAUGAUUUGAUUAUGUUCAAUUGAGGUUUGAAUGAUUGAAUGACUUGAAUCCUGAUCAAAUUCCUGUUGUUUCUGCUUUAACCUAGAAUGAUAAUAUCUGCCUAGGUUGAUAGAGCAUCCUUGAUUGAAGGUAGGGAGUUGGUGACUUUAGUCGAGGAGCCAACUCACUAUUCUGUACCGGAUUUACUCCGGUAGUGGAGGUUUUGUUUGUUAAGGCCUCAAUCUGUUUACUCCGGUGGAGGUUAGUCGCCCGCUAGAGACUCAGAUUGAGAGGGUCUGAAGACCUUUAGUCGAGACUUCAGGCUGUUUAAGAACCUUCCGCAGUAUAACUAUCAUAGAAACUGAACUUGGUAAUUACAAUCCGGCUUAACUGCAGUCUAGGGGGAACCAUAUCCGGGUGACCUCUCUUAACCUGAAAACAACAGUUUACUUGCUUUGUUAGUUUGUUAGUUUAGACUUGCAUUAAAGUUUCAUUGCUAGAUAACAAGAAUUCACUGAGUAGUCAUCAAAUCUAGGACCCGGGUUGAUAAUUAAACCCAAACCCGCUAUACUACCCUUUAGGAAGUGGUUUCACUUGGCCAAUUCCUGGAGUGACAGUAGAAGUGAGUCAGUAGCGAAGAAGAAGAUGAGGAUGGAGAGGAAACAAGAGAAGAAAGCUACAUGGCAAUUGAUGUUGAAGAGCCAUCAGAAGGAGAUAACUCAAACGAGGUAAAACCUUCCAACCAUACUCAUUUCAGUGACAGUGAUUACUAUAGUGAUGAUGAUCUAUUAGUAUCCACUAUCAAGGAAAUUCAGUUAGAGUUUGGAAAUGUCAAAGUAAAAUACUCUGAACUGAAAUCUGAUCAUGCCAAAAUAAACAUUGAAUAUGAUAAACUAAAGAAGGAGGCGAUCAGAUUAAAAGAAGAGUUAGAUGAAACUGCUAAGAAAGUUGAAGUUUUAGAAAAUGAGAAAUCGUGUCUCACGGCAAGACUUCAAGUAUCAUUAGAAGGGAAUAAGAUUGAAUCUAUGAAAAAGGAAGGUAAAUCUUACCUAAAUCAGUCCACAAAGGGACAUGGUGAAAAAUUAGGAUCAAAUUCAUGUAGUAAAGGUAAGUCGAAAUU